AUGGGGGCACUUAUUGCCAAGAUGCUGCUUCCAACCGUAAGCAGUCUAGUGUUCCUACCAGCAGCCAGUGUGGCAGCUAAAAGAGGUUUCCACAUGGAGGCCAUGGUCUACUUCUUCACCAUGUUCUUCACUGCGAUUUACCACGCAUGUGACGGUCCUGGGCUUUCCAUCCUAUGUUUCAUGAAGUAUGAGAUUCUGGAAUACUUCAGUGUCUAUGGCACAGCAAUCUCCAUGUGGGUCACCCUGCUAGCCUUGGGAGACUUUGAUGAACCCAAGCGCUCCACCUUAACCAUGUUUGGGAUCCUAACCACUGCUGUUAGAAUCUACCAGGACCGCUGGGGGUAUGGGGUUUACUCUGGACCCAUCGGAACAGCUGUGCUGAUGAUCACCAUCAAAUGGCUGCAGAAGAUGAAGGAGAAGAAAGGACUUUACCCAGAAAAGAGUGUGUACACACAGCAGGUGGGACCAGGCUGCUGCUUUGGGGCCCUUGCCUUGAUGCUACGAUUCUACUUUGAGGAGUGGGAUUAUGCCUACGUCCACAGUUUCUACCACCUAUCACUGGUGGUAUCCUUUGUGUUGCUGCUGCCCAGGACUAACCGGCUUGGAGGGACAGGACGCAAUGCUACCAAACUCAACUGCUACACUCUGUGUUGCUGUGUAUGA